UUCUUUAAUUAACUACAGGGCUGCUGCCCUUUUUCCUAUAUAUAGACACACACAUUAAUUCUGUUUUUUAUAAAGAAUUUUUGUCUGUCCUCUGCUCUCACGUCUCUGCGGAUUUUCUUGCCAUUAUUCGCAGAAACAGAGAUCCCUCUCUCAAAAGAGCUUGAAGAAUUCUUCACGUGAAAGCUUCUUCAAGAGUUUGUUUCUUUGCACAAGUUGAUCAUUGCAAGUUCAUUGGUGUUGGUAGUCUCUUCUUUUGGUAAUUCAUUUAUUUACAGGUGUUUCAGUAAUUUUGGAGAGUGUAUGAUCAGAGAUUAAGGAUGGUAGGAGAUUUCAUCAUCAGAUUUCUUGUGUUGCUUUUUGGAUAUGCAUACCCAGCAUUUGAAUGUUUCAAAUCUGUGGAGAAGAACAACGUGGAUAUUGAAGAAAUUAGAUUCUGGUGUCAAUAUUGGAUCAUUAUUGCACUUGUAACGGUUUGUGAGAGGAUAGGAGACAUAUUUCUUUCAUGGUUGCCAAUGUAUGGUGAAGUGAAGCUGGCAUUUUUUAUCUACUUAUGGCAUCCAAAAACAAAGGGAACUGGCUAUAUCUAUGACACCUUGUUGAGACCUUUGGUAGCAAGGCAUGAAACGGGUAUCGAAAGGAAGCUACAGGAGAUGAAGGCUAGAGGUUGGGACUUUGCCAUCUACUACUGGAAUAACUACACAGAACUGGGGCAAACUAAAUUCUUUGAAGCUCUGCAAUACUUGGCGAGUCAGUCAGGAAAGUUUACAAACAACAACAGUGAGAAGAGCAAUGGCGAUGAACCUAGUGCUACGUCUCCAAAUGAGUUACCAUCAUUGGCCAAGAAUACAAGCAAGAACUCCAAGUCGCCACCAAGACCACCGACAACGCCUGGCAGCAGCACAAUCAACCGAGAAGUUGCAGGAUCACAAAAAUCCAAACGAGUACAAGUCCACCUCAAUGAGGAAACAGAAUCUGUUACCGCAAUGGACACGGACAACUCAACUAACCUUGAUCCUAAUGUCAAUGAAAAGCUCCACCAAUUUCGUACGAGGCUACGAAGAUCAAAACCAACUCAACAAUGAAAGAAAAAUGUAUUAAAAGAAAAACUGUACUAAAAAACAAACUUGCGAAAAAAAAAGAUAGGAAGAAUUAAAAAAAAAAAAAAAAAAAACUUUAGACGUCCUUCUUUUCUUCAUUUCCAAAUUGAAUCCCAAUUAUUCUUUCAUUUUCUUGUAUAUACAUGAUUUUUUCUUUCUUUUCUUUCUACAUUAUUUCUGGGUCAUAUAACUCAGAUACGCAUUGAAACUGAAAUUGAGACUGAGUUACUGCAAUUUGUUAACGUGGACUCGAAUGGCAUGGAGGAUCCGAUCAAAAGCACUUGUUAUGCUCGGAAUAACAUGACCACUAAGGAACCGAAAACAUGCAGUGAUGGGAUUCUUGGUGGAGAACCGAAGCCAGACGCGUCGGAGGAAGUGGCCAGACGAAUCAGCAGAGGGGGACAUGGGCUGGAGGUAAGCCCAGGCAGCAUGUUUGACAAGGCGGUUGCGAAUGGAAAUUUCAUACGGGGAUGUGGUGGUGGAAUUCGAAGAUGUCGGAGAGUUAACGGUGGCGGAAGGGAGAAGGUCUUUAAGAGAAGUGUAGGAUGAAGAGGAUUUUAGAGAAAGGAGGGAGAUGUCAAGGGGAGAAAGUGUGGUGCCAUUUAAGUGUGAUGGAGGGAGGAUGGAGGAGGGGUGGAGGGAGAGCUUUGUUGGGAUAACUAAUGACAUGGCUAUUGAGUUUCUCCGGCGAAGGGUGGCUGUUUGUGAGGGCUCUUGGUUCAUCGUGAGGGAAAGAGAGAGGGGAGAGGGGGGGAUGGAAUUUCAGAGUCUACUUGGGAAUAUGGCGGCUUUUUGUAUCGCGUUGUGGGUGGGUGGUUCGUUGGGUCAGUGAUGGCUGAGGACUAAAGGGCUACUGCCUGCCAUUCUUUUGACGGCAACAUUUUUUGACAUGACGUCGUUAAUGUUAUCUUUUCCGAUGUCAUUGGUGGGUGCUCUUUUGUCGUUUUAUCGAUAGUUAUUCAGCUCCGCUGGUCCUACCUGAUCUGAGUUGAGUUAUAAGUGUUCACGUAUGUACGCUUCUUAGUUCUUUCUAUUCAAAUCUAAACAUUUAUUAAUUUUAAA